CUGAUUGAUAAUAGGGAGAAACCAGGUAAUUUUAGGAAAUAAAAAGUCACAAAAUAACAACUUAUUUAAUUUGGGUGUCACAUUAUCUUCCCAGGUAAUCUGGAGUUCUCAAAAUGUUUGCCAAGGCAACAAGGAAUUUUCUUCGAGAAGUCGAUGAUGGAGGCAACCUGAUUGCAGUAUCGAACCUGAAUGACUCAGAUAAGUUGCAACUUCUCAGUCUGGUGACCAAAAAAACCAGAUUCUGGUGCUGGCAGAGACCCAAAUACCAGUCUUUAUCCGUCACCCUUGGAGAUGUGCUUACGGAAGACCAAUUUCUGAGUCCAGUGGUCGUGGAGUCGGACUUUGUGAAAUAUGAGGGCAAGUUUCAAAACCAUGUGAGUGGGACCGUCGAGACGGCACUGGGGAAAGUCAAGCUGAACGUUGGAGGCAAAGGCCUGGUGGAGAGUCAGUCUUCAUUUGGAAACCUGAGGAAGCAGGAGGUGGACUUGCAGCAGCUCCUUGGACAUGCCGUUGACAGGAAGAUCAACCUGAAAAGCCCUGUGCUGCAGCAGGUGCUGGAGCAGCGGAACGAGGCCCUGUGCGUCCUGACGCAGAAGAUAGUGACGACGCAGAAGUGUGUGAUAUCCGAGCACGUCCAGAUCGAGGAGAAGCUGGGCGGCAUGGUGGGGAUCCAGACCAAGACGGUGCAGGUGUCGGCCACGGAGGACGGGACCGUGGUCUGGGACAGCAGCGUGGUGCUGGAGAUCCCGGCUUCCACCACCAUCGCCUACGGUGUCAUCGAGCUGUACGUGAAACGGGACGGCCAGUUUGAAUUCUGCCUCCUACAAGGGAAGCACGGCGGCUUCGAGCACGAGAGAAGCGACUCUAUCUUCCUGGACCCCUGGCUCUUCCGAGAGUUUGCGUUUGGGGACAUGCCAGAUGCUGGGCAAGGGCCGUCUGCCCCGGAUGGACCGCUGAGUGUUUUAAAUCAAGCGACUCUGCCCCUGGAGAGGAACUUCCAGCCCUUCGUGCAGCUGCCGGAGCAGCAGCGGACGGCGCUGAGCGGUGCCCUCCAGGCGGUGCUGUCCGAUGAGGAGCUGCUCGCGGUCCUGGAACAAGUGUGUGACGAUGUGAUCAGUGGCCUGUCGCCCUCCCUGGAGAUCCUGGGGGAGCUGAAGCCCCCCCAGAGGCAGGACCUCACGGCCUUCCUGCAGCUGGUGGGGUGCAGUGUGCAGGGCGAGUGUCCAGGCCCGGAAGUCAGCAACCAGAAGCUCUUUUCUGCAGCCUACUUCUUGGUCAGUGCACUAGCAGAAAUGCCAGAUAAUGCAGCAGCUCUGCUGGGCACCUGCUGUGAGCUCCACAUUAUCUCUACGAUAUGUCACCUGCUCCGUGCACUGUCUGUUGAUGGAGAAUCUGAUCUGGAAGACACAGCCCUGGCUCCCCUGAGAGAUACGGAGAGGUUUGCGAUUGUGCAGCGCCUGCUUGCCACGGCCGGCAUUAACCUGGAACGACGACAGUCAUCUGUCAGAGCUGUCACCUGCAGAGUCCCUAACGUUUUCCCACUCGUUCUUUAUCCUGGACUAUCUCCCUGGUGCCUCUGGAUCCAUCGCUAAUAUCCACUGGGGACCUGAAGCCACUCUGUUUUCCCUUAGCAAAUCGUAGCUAAGCCCUCCUGCGAGAACUGUCCAGCUCAGGGGCAGGGAGCAGAGGACAAGGGGCAGCUGUUGGAGAGAGACAUGUUCCUCAGCACCUGCUUUUUGUCGUCAUCUCACCAUCAUCUAUCUACUUCUCCCCUUCCUGCUCUUAAGAUUUUCAUUAAUGCUAAUGAAGCGAUAACCCUUCCAUCACCUAUUAAAAAUGAGACUAAGCCUUAUGCAAGUACUAAGGAUACAGAAUUGUCCACUGUGGUGGCAACGGCCUAAAAAAUAAGCACCUUAUGCGCAAAUUGGAAAGGAACACGCCAAAGUGGAAAUAGUGGUAAAGUGGUGGCACAAUCCAUGCCUUUUGUCUGGUUUUCUGAAAUAAAAUAAACAUACAGAACAAACUGGAGACAGAAUGUGUAAUAUGAGUCCAGUUGUAUGAAAAACCAAUACACAUGUAUUGCAACACGUGGGAACCUCACAAGUUCACUAGAAACCCAACAGGGCUCCUUUGGGACAGAGGAUUGCGAGGUUGGGGCAAAAGGUGGGGAAGGGGGUGGUUCACCCCUCUAUUCCUGUUAGAAUUUUGUAUGUAUUAUCCUCUAAAUAAAUAAUAAAACCAAAACCAAAACACACACGAAAGACAUGACUUCAGAGAGAAAGAGAUGCCAUCCCAGCAAGUGUCAAAAGCUUGGGUUAUAUCAAACAGGCAACUAAGGCAUUUUAGCUGUUUGCACACUUGUCCUAACACUGGCCAGUUACCCUGCUGGAUUGUGCUUUAAGACUUAGCUAUUGAGAGGGAUGUAGCCUUAGGCUGCGACAGGUGUUCCUGGCCCCCCAGUUUCUGCUGGGCUGCUUGGCAGACGUCUGCCGGGACCGGGUGGGCAAGGUGGUGCUGGGCAUGCUUGAGGGAGGGUGACACUGGACCUCCAACUGGCAUCCUCACCCUUAAAUAGGGUUAGUCAUUUAAAAUAUACCUUUAUGGCCCUAGCCCGUUUGGUUCAGUGGUUAGAGCAUCAGCCCGAGGACUGAA